AUGGGAUUGGACAUCCGACAGCUAUAUGACAGCGAUCCACGACCAACCUUCAUCGUUGACUGCGAAGCUCAGACUACGACCAUUUAUCAUGUCAAUACCGCAUUGCUUGCCAUACCGCAUAUUGCAUCGUCACUGCACUUGCACUCUGCGCUGAGAGACUGGUGGGAUCCUGCGAGUAGGGUCGCAGCUUGCCACCAAGAUGAGUUCCUGCAUGGACGGUAUCGAUGGGCCAAGUUUACUGCAUGCAAGCGCUGGCUGGUUAUCACCAUCAUCGAGCAACCACCUCCAAACGAUGAGCACCCUGGCCACCUGCAAGACCCUGCCCAAUUGGCCCGGGGAAGGCUACCGUCCCCUCGUCUGCAACCAGUGCCAGACACUAUCUUCACUGUUAAGAUUCAAUCGCCAGAGCUGCGAGCACAUGUAGAACAUAUACGAAACGUCAACUGGUCUAAGACAUCACUUGGCCCGAUCAGUUCAUGGAGCUAUGAACUGAAUGUCCUGAUUACCAUACUGAUGUUAGAAACCCGACCUACGGCACUCUUCCUUGGUCCUGAGCAUACCAUACUGUAUAAUCUUGCAUAUGCUGCCGUCGGUGGUUCGAGACAUCCUGCUAUUCUCGGUCAGAGUAUUAUUGAUGCUUGGCCAGAACUUGCCGACCCUAUAAGCGCCACAAUAGCUCGCUCGGAGAGCACUAGUUUUGCAGACGCACCAGAAGAGCAGUAUCAUUUCAUGGUCGAACGUUUUGGCUUCGUCGAGGAAGCCUUCUUCAUGUGGAGCCUUGUACCGCUUGUUGGUGUUCACGUCGACGGCAUGUAUUCCAUUGUCACUGAAGUUACGAAACAAAGAUUACUGGAACGCCGCGUCGAUGCCCUGCUCAAAGUCGGCCAACUGGCUAGCAAGGCGAGAAACACCAAGGACUUUUGGCAAAGCUUGGCAGAGGCAAUCAGGCCAUUUGAGUACGAUUUUCCGGCUGCCGUCCUGUACUCCCAGUGCGAGUGGCACGGCCCGGCAGACACUGCCGCCCCAUUGAAAGGACCUCUAAGUGAAUUCACACUAGAAUGGUCAAUUGGCUAUAAACCUAACCAUCCCGCCUUACCCCCGCACCUGGACCUGGAUAGUGAUCUUGGCUUAGCUCGCGCCAUGUGUGAUAGCGCGAGAGCUGGGACUGCACUGUUGUAUCAGGAAGAAGAAGGCGUAUUGCCACAUUUGCUCUACAAUGAUCUCGAGAAGCGAGCCUUUGGAGAUCCGCUGAAAUGUUUUCUUGUUGUUCCAAUCAGGGCAUACGACGACACCAUCGUAGCAUACCUUCUGGUCGGUUUAAACACGCGAAGACCCUAUGACGAUGAGUACAAAGACUGGAUCAAGGUUUUCUCUAAUUUGCUUGGUGCAUCCGCGGCCUCGGUGGCGCUUCACAAAGAGGAGAUCCGGAAACGCGAACGUCAAGAGGCACAGGCUGAAAGAGACCGUGCGGCCCUCAAUGCCGAAGUUGCCAAUCUCGCACAGGAAGCUAGCCAUAUAGCUGGAAAGCUUCGUAACUUUCAUGAUAUUGCAGAUGAAGUUGGACUGGGAUACUUUGAAAUUGAUAUCAACGGUAUACUACUACACGCUAAUGAAACGUACUUCAAUCAGACUGGACAACGAAGAGAUGUCCUCGAAGCCCCUCCAUUCGCUUACAAAGAGUGCGUCUUCGAAGGAGAUAUAUCCAUGGUGGAAAACCAAUGGGAAACAUUGAUCUCCGGUGAACGAGCGACAUUCGAGAUCCGAUGGAAGAAGCAGCCAUAUGAACACCGUGAUGGCGAAGAAGUCAUCGACGACUAUCUCUGGACGUUGUCAGCUUGUGUGCCAAUCAAAGGCGCAAACGGGCUUGUAACAGGUGUCUUUGGAUGCAACACCGAUAUCAGUGCUCAAAAAGAAGCGACAAAAGCUGUGUUAAUGCGAUCGGAGGCGGAGCGACGUCUUGCCAGUUUCACCGAACUCGCGCCCGUGGGCUUAUUUCAUCUAAACCAGGAUCUAACGAUGAAGUACUGCAACGACCAAUGGUUCCACAUCACCGACCACCCGAGAGUACCUAUGGACCAAGUGGACUGGCGAAACAUCGUCGACGAGGACAUGAUAGACCGCUGCUAUAACGACGUUGAGGUUACGAAACACAAACAAGGAUCGCAUGCUUUCACAAUAAAUCUCAAGAAGAAGUGGACCGGGCGUGAUGGUGUUUCGACACCGACUUGGAUCCUAGUAAGCGCUACUGCUCAUACCGACGGAACCAUUAUGGGGACAAUGACCGAUGUUAGUCAGAUGGCAUGGGCGGAAGCUAUCCAGAAGACCCGGGUUGAAGAGGCCCUCGAAUCAAAGAGACAGCAGGAGAAUUUCAUUGAUAUGACUUCUCAUGAGAUGCGAAACCCUUUGAGCGCAAUGGUACAAUGCGCGGACUCUAUCUACUCGUCACUGAACGAGAUGAAGGCUCUCGCACGCAGAGAGGCUCUGACAUUCCAGCCCGUCAUUCGGACUCAACUCCGAGACUUGAUUAGCAACAGUCUGGAUGCUGUCGAUACUAUACAAGCCUGUGCUACACACCAGAAGCGCAUCGUCGACGAUAUUCUUACGCUGUCGAAGCUCGACUCGAAACUUUUGGUCGUCAGCCCUAUCGUGCUACAACCUUCGGUUCUCCUACAAGACGCUUAUAAGAUGUUCAAGGACGAAGCGAACAAAGCUAAAGUCGACCUGGAAGUCAGAUGUGAUUCGUCCAUUGUGGAUUUGAAUAUCGACUGGGCGAUAUUGGACCCGAGCCGAGUUCUACAGGUUCUUAUCAACUUACUUACCAACGCAAUCAAGUUCACCCAAAGCCAAGAAGUCCGCAAGGUCGAAGUAAUCAUGGGCGCAUCACGGGAGAUACAACAGAUGCCUGGUGUCGAGUACGUGCCCCAGGAAGCCGUGCAGAAGAACUUCCUAACGCAGGCUGAAUGGGAUCACGCCGGAGAAAUAUUUUAUUUGAACUUUAUAGUUAAAGAUACGGGCUGUGGUCUUUCCCCGGAGCACAAAGCCAAACUGUUCUUACGGUUUUCGCAGGCCACACCGAAGACACACGUUCAGUAUGGUGGCUCAGGCUUAGGCCUGUUUAUCUCGCGUGAGCUCGCCGAAAUGCAAGGCGGCAGCAUCGGCGUAUCCUCCAUCCACAACGUUGGAUCGACUUUCACAUUCUAUAUCAAAUCACGGAGAGCAAAGGCUCCAGUUAGCGACCUUACUACGGCCGAACUUAAUCUCAAUGGCGACCUGCCUACUCGCUCCAAGGCUCAAAUCAUCCAAGACGACAAUAGGAACUCCGACGCAACAGUACCUACCACAGUCCCACUAGAAGACCAAGAAAGAGCGAAAGCGACAGGGAAUCGAAAAUACCACAUCCUCAUCGUAGAAGACAACCUCAUAAACCAACGCGUUUUAUCCACCCAGCUCAAGAAGCUGGGUCACACAACUUAUGUCGCAAAUCACGGCAUUGAAGCCCUCUCCCAACUCGCCCGCACAACAUUCUCUUCUUCUCCGAGCGAAUCCCCGCCUCUGCCUCUGUCCGUUGUUCUCAUGGACGUUGAGAUGCCCGUUAUGGAUGGUUUGACGUGUACGAGGCGGAUACGGGAGAUGGAGAGGAAUGGCGAGCUGAGUGGGCAUGUACCAAUUAUCGCUGUUAGUGCGAAUGCGAGGAAAGAACAGAUUGAUUUGGCGAAAGAGGCCGGCGUGGAUGAGGCGAUCUGUAAGCCUUUCCGUAUACCUGAACUGGUGGGGUUGAUGAAGGGAUUGGGGAUUAGAGGGGAGUGA